CACAGCUGACUCAGCUGCGCACGCGCAGUGGGUCUGCCCCUUUCGUCGACGUCCAUUAGAGAGAAGAUGGCGGAGGAUUACGAGAGAAUAAGUCUUGUAAAGCCGGAGGUUUUCAUCUACCAGAUACCUCCCAGAGCCUCCAACCGAGCCGUGAGGGCGGCAGACUGGAACCUGGAGUCUCCAGACUGGAAGGGACGACUGAGGGUCGUCUCAAUGGGAGAGAAAUGUCUUGUAAAACUCGAGGACAAGAUCUCUGGUGAGCUGUUUGCGGUGUGUCCUGUGGACAAUUUCCCUGGCAUUGCAGUCGAGCCCGUCUCAGACUCAAGUCGAUACUUUUUGCUGCGACUGCAAGACCCUUCAGGUCAAAAUGCGUUUGUUGGUCUUGGAUUUGAAGACAGAGGAGACGCCUUUGACUUCAAUGUAUCUCUACAAGACCACUUCAAGAUGGUGAAAAAGGAGCAGGAUUUGGCAGUGGAGAGCUCACAGCCAGUUGAACACAAGGACUACAGCCUCAAAGCCGGCCAGAAAAUCCAGAUUAAUCUAGGGAAAAAGGUCCUGCAGAAAGAUGAAGAAGAGAAAAGCGGGCCCAAACAGUCAUUGAUAGGUUUGAGUGCCAGUGGAGGUCUUCUCCCACCUCCAGCUGGAGCGACUCCGGCCCCUCGUACCCUCCAGUCCGCCCCUGCACCUGCUCACAAUUCACAAUCAACACAGAGCAAGUCAGAUGACUGGGGUGACUUUUCAGUCUUUGACUCUUCUAGCAAACCAAAGAGCUCGGGUGAAGGGAGUGGAUGGGUACAAUUUUAACUUUCUUUACUCCACCACAUAAUAAUUAUGUUCUGUAUUAUACGUACUACUAUGACUUUUAUUGGUGUGAAUAGUUCUGUUGUAUAAAUCAUUUACAACUGUAAUGGGUUCAAAAUAAUAUUAUUUUCUGACAUAGAAUGUGGAGGGUACUGUUACACCUGUGUCUCAUAUUAUUAUACAUGUAUUGUGAGGGUUAAAAAGUAAGAGUGGUUGAGAGGAUUACAUAAUGGUCGACCAAUCAAAUUCAUCGUCGUCAUUUCCGAACGGAUCCAUGGGGUGUGUAGCAGUGGUGUGGUCUCCACCUUUUGUUUGCAUCUCCAUGCCUUGUCUAAUGAAAGUGGCCGAAGAAGGACGGAGAAAUUUGAACUCUCUUCUCUCGUCGUGUGUACCACCGGAUGAGGGAAAUAGCUGCGUCGUGUGCGCGUUGUCGGAGACAAAGUGAUGCGGUGCUACGUGCGCCCUGCUACUAGGACGAGUCGGGGACGCUGGAUCUAUAGCCAGGUGUUGGGAGCAGUAAUUGGAAGACGGUGGGGAGGUCCCUGAGAUUGGGAACAAUUCCGGGUUCUCUGGGUAAGUAGGUGUGAGUGAGUCGACCAGUGGUUGAGCUGCACUGCCUCCAGAUCCGGGGAUGUUAGGCUGGUAGUCUUCAAGAUCGGCAACAUUGUGGUCCCUCCCUACGCUCUCGUCACCGGACGAAUCAGACACGAACCUGCAGCUGAGCUGCUGCAGAAACUGCCCAAACGAGGAAGAAACGCGGGAGUAGGACUCGUCGUUGAGCCCGAGUCGAUGUCGGUCUCGCUCGACUGCCUUGAAAGACUGCAUAAGACUGUGGACUUGCUCAGGCUCUAGCUUGUCCCAACUGUUACUCUCAGCUAUGUCCCUGAAACUGUCCAUGAGCGUGUAGAAAUGUGGGCAGUAGUUAGAUGCGCUGUCUGUCGGGCCAGCAAUACUGGUACCUGGCAGAGACAGUGCAGAACCACCGAGUGGGAUAGUUGUAUCAGAAGUGCCCAGGUCUGUUAGAACGGAUGGGGGAAGAGGCGGAGGGUUCAAGUAUUCACCGCUGGACACAGAGUGACCAAAGAUUGACUUGUACAGACUCUUGAACGAGGAGCUGAGGGGAUCGGCAACCACGUCCUCCCCGAAUGGGUUGGACGAAUCAUCCAGGGAGGAUAGUGGGUGUCUGUCCCCCAGUGAGAGUGUGAGGUCAUAGUCUGAAG